GCGGUGCGCGGCGGCCGCAGGCGCAGGCUCGGGCGACAGCGGAGACGCCGGCGGGCGCAGGCAACAGCCGGGGACCCAGCAUGCGCGGCCCGCGGGGAGGCGCCUGGCUGGCGCUGGCCGCGUCGCUCCUGCACGUGUCCCUGCAAGGCGAGUUCCAGAGGAAGCUCUACAAGGAGCUGGUGAAGAACUACAACCCCUUGGAGAGGCCCGUGGCCAACGACUCGCAGCCGCUCGUCGUGUACUUCUCCCUCAGCCUGCUGCAGAUCAUGGACGUGGAUGAGAAGAACCAAGUUUUAACCACCAACAUUUGGCUGCAAAUGUCUUGGACAGAUCACUAUUUGCAGUGGAAUAUGUCAGACUAUCCAGGCGUGAAGACGCUUCGCUUCCCAGAUGGCCAGAUUUGGAAACCAGACAUUCUUCUCUAUAACAGUGCCGAUGAGCGGUUUGACGCCACAUUCCACACCAACGUCCUGGUGAAUUCUUCUGGGCAUUGCCAGUACCUCCCUCCAGGCAUCUUCAAGAGCACCUGCUACAUCGACGUUCGCUGGUUCCCCUUUGAUGUGCAGCAGUGCAAGCUGAAGUUCGGGUCCUGGUCUUAUGGAGGCUGGUCCUUGGACCUCCAGAUGCAGGAGGCAGAUAUCAGCAGCUACAUCCCCAAUGGAGAAUGGGACCUUGUGGGGAUCCCUGGCAAGAGAAGUGAGAAGUUCUACGAGUGCUGCAAAGAGCCCUACCCAGACGUCACAUACACGGUUACCAUGCGCCGAAGGACGCUGUACUAUGGCCUCAACCUGCUCAUCCCUUGCGUGCUUAUCUCGGCCCUGGCCUUGCUGGUGUUUUUGCUCCCUGCAGACUCCGGGGAGAAAAUCUCCCUCGGGAUAACAGUCUUACUGUCUCUUACUGUGUUCAUGCUGCUUGUGGCUGAGAUCAUGCCUGCAACAUCUGACUCCGUACCGUUGAUAGCCCAGUACUUUGCCAGCACCAUGAUCAUCGUGGGCCUCUCGGUGGUGGUGACGGUGAUCGUGCUGCAGUACCACCACCAUGACCCCGACGGGGGCAAGAUGCCCAAGUGGACCAGAGUCAUCCUCCUGAACUGGUGCGCCUGGUUCCUGCGCAUGAAGAGGCCGGGGGAGGACAAGGUGCGACCCGCCUGCCAACACAAGCAGCGCCGCUGCAGCCUGGCCAGCAUGGAGCUGAGCGCCGGGGCCGCGCCCCCCGCCAGCAAUGGCAACCUGCUGUACAUCGGCUUCCGAGGCCUGGAAGGCAUGCACUGCGCCCCCACCCCUGACUCAGGGGUCGUGUGUGGCCGCCUGGCCUGCUCCCCCACGCAUGACGAGCACUUGCUGCGUGCCGGGCAGCACCCUGACGGGGAUCCAGACCUGGCCAAGAUCCUGGAGGAGGUGCGCUACAUCGCCAACCGCUUCCGCUGCCAGGACGAGAGCGAGGCUGUGUGCAGCGAGUGGAAGUUCGCGGCCUGCGUGGUCGACCGCCUGUGCCUCAUGGCCUUCUCGGUCUUCACCAUCAUCUGCACCAUCGGCAUCCUCAUGUCUGCCCCAAACUUCGUGGAAGCUGUGUCUAAAGACUUCGCCUGAUGUCAGCUGGCCUGCACGUGGAGGAAACGCAGAGAGGCAGAGUCACUCACUGGGUGGGUGAGAAUGUGGGGUGCUGACCCAGCAGCACCAUGAGCAGAGGGCUCUGAGGUACCCUUGUGACUGUCCAUCCUGAUGGUCGCAGUUUUCUUGUUAUUUCAGUCAUAGGAUCUCGACACACCGUUCUCUUUAAUCCCUUUCUUAUGCAUACAUCGGCCCAUCCUUACAGUCAGCAGGGCCACCGAAUGGCCAUUUUGCCCACUUGUCCACUCUCUGGAUAGCCCUGCAGGACGGUCUCUGCAGCUCCAGACCUCCAGGGAAGGCCUGCACCGUUCGUUCUGCAUGCUUGCAUGUCACUUGCCAGUAAGGUCCACGUGGAAAUGCAGCGCGUGCGUUUUGCCUGUGUACAGACCUAGAUUGAAACGAAUAGUAAACCACACUCACUAAGUCCUUUCCAACAAUUGACUUGUAAAAGGAAAAUAACCUCAAAAGAACUAAAACUAAAACCUUACCUGUUGGUUUUUCUACAAUUCAACUUUUUCUGCCCUCCACCAAACAGUUGGUAAAGAACACAGUUUUUGUCCUUUCUGUAUGAGAGAGUUGGUCAUUCUGCAAACCUACACCUAUUGAAGGAAUCAGAGGGAAUCAGAGGGACUCGGGUUUGGGCCGGUUCCAAGCUGGAACCACCCCAGCUGCAUGUGUACGUGUUGGGUAGUGUGGACGUGUCCGCGGUAUUUCCCAGGCAGCUCCGAAGCUUCCUGUGUUGUCCCAAACAUGGAGGAGUCAAGCAAAUCUGUUCCAUUCUGCAAAGGACAAAGAGAUGUACGAGAAUUACCAAGCCAAAAGAACAGCAGAAGUUAACUUAAACCAGUUCUGUGCUUUUUGAAAAGCAUGCAUUAGAUGCUUCACAUGUAUUAGGGCUCAUGAGUCUUAGAAAUGUGUACGUCCAUACAAGCACACACCCUAAAGCGAACAUGUCCCCUGGCUUUUUCUCCAUGUAGGGGCAGAGGACAGGGGCUGGACCCUCUCUGGCCCCUGCAUGGCAGCUACUGGGGAGGGGCGGUGCUCUGGUGCCUUUCCCAGACACAGGGCCAGCGGCAGUCAGCGGGGAGACACUGUCAGAAUAGCAGAGGCGGGACAGCCACUGUCCCGUUUGUGGCUUUUGGGGAUCUGUGUGUCCCAGUUACUUCACUGCAGCAUCAGCUGAGAAAGCUGACUUGGGUUUGACGGGGGGAUUCAUUGGAAAUGUUUAAUGUUUAGAUCGAACAGGGGACAGCGUGCUCCACCUAGGUUAUCCCGCUGGUGAGAGUCAUUUUGCUUCUUUCCGUUCUCACUUUUAAUGAGAUCAGAGCAUAAUUCACCAAUCUCUUCAGUGUUUAGACUGCGAAGCUACACCGGGCUUCUAAGCUCUGAGAGUUCCGCGGACUGUUCCUAACCCCUGAGAUGGGCCCAUCAUGGGAAAAGAUCAGGUUUUCAGAGCAAAAGGACUUGCACAUCUUUCUCAGCCACCUAUUUCACGCUUUUCUGGGUAAUGCACAUGAAUUCAUCGGUGCUGGGGGAAGAUGAAGGCUUGCGUGUGCUCUGUGCAUGCAUGUGCACAAGUGCUGUGUGCAGCUCGGGAGCAUGGAUGUUGUUUACAACAGGAAAGUUGGUACCUCAGGAGAGUGUGGCAUUGAGCUAUGUGGAGCAGGGUCUCCUCCGAGCCCACCCAUUCUACGUGGUAUAGACAAAUGACGCACAAUAUUUCUGGGGUCUUUUCUUUCUAUUAAAGUGUCUUUAGAAACAAAUAGAAGUGUUUUGAUGUAUAAAGAGAAUGCUUCAUUUCUGACUGUUAGCCCCAGGUUGGUCCCUACCACAGUUUUUGCUUUAAAGAAAGAGAAAACCUUUUUGGUUUUGUAUUUUAGAUGGAAAAACAUAAAAGGUAAAUAAAAGUAAUUCAUGUUUUGACCAUC